AUGGAUUCCAAACGCCGCAAGACCGGCGACCAGGAUGUCAGCGCCUUGAGGUUGGCGUCGCGCCAGAAAUACCUUGCCGAACGCGAAGCGCAACAACUCGCCCUACUCCGCCGCCAGGUCGCCGAAGAAGCAGAAGAGGAGGCGAGACUAGGAAACAAGCUGAGCGAGAGAGAAAGAGCCGAGUUUAAGAAGAAUCGUCAGACCCUGGAGCUGGCCGAGGCGCGAAAUGCCAUCGACGAUUCCGGUUCUGGCUUCCAAAUUCCCGACGCCGAGUACUCGAAUAAAAAUGAAGCUCUUACUCGCAGACAUAAGGACACAGAUGUCGACUACAAGAGCGAGUAUCAGGUCUGGGAGCAAGAUCAAUUAUCUAAGAUAAAAAGUCAACCCAAGGCUGCCGAUGUCCGAGAGGACGAAUACGAGCUAAUUUUCGACCCAUCACAGAACGUGGUAUAUGAUGGACCUAUGGUUGACCUGGAGAAGCAGAGGCUUGAGAUGCUCGUGGACGAAGCAGAGAAGCAUGCCGCCUCGAUCGAGGAAGUUCGCCGUUCUUUACCGGUCUACCAAUACAAGGAUGAGUUCAUCAAAGCUCUACAGACUGAACAGAUACUCGUCUUCGUCGGUGAGACGGGUUCAGGAAAGACGACACAAUUGACCCAGUUUUUGUUUGAGGCUGGCUUUGCGAAGCAUGGACGCAUCGGAUGUACGCAACCUAGACGCGUAGCGGCUAUGAGUGUUGCCAAACGUGUGGCAGAAGAGGCUGGUGUUCGCUUGGGCAAAGAGGUGGGAUAUCAGGUGAGGUUUGAGGAGAAAUUCUCGCCUGAAGAGACUAAGAUUGUUUACCUUACGGAUGGUCUUCUCCUAAGACAGGCUCUUACGUCACCCUUACUGGAGGACUACUCGACCAUCAUACUGGACGAAGCGCACGAAAGGACCAUUGCUACCGACGUGCUGAUGGUCCUGACACGUGAGAUUACUCGUUGCAGACCGGAUUUUCGUCUCGUCAUCGCUUCGGCUACUUUGAACGCUCAGUUCUUCUCUGAAUACUUCGACAACGCCAGUAUCCUGUCUUGCCCUGGUCGAUCCUUUCCAAUCACGAAAUUUUUCACGGAGCAACCAGAGGCCAACUACCUGAGCGCGGCCCUGACUACGUUCUGGCAAAUUCACGCGUCCCAGCCAAAAGGUGACGUUCUCAUUUUUUUUACGGGAGAGGACGAGAUCAUACAGGCUGCGGAAUCUAUCGAGGCUACUGCCAAGAAGCUCGGAAACACAAUGGCGCCUGUCGUUGUUGCGCCUGUCUACGGUAGCCUACCGAGUCAUCUGCAAAGCCGCAUCUUCGAUCCAGUGGCUGACGGCACUCGCAAGGUCGUCUGUGCUACCAAUAUCGCAGAAACGAGUCUGACCAUCGACGGAAUCGUUUAUGUAAUCGACUCGGGUUUGGUCAAGCAAAAACGAUAUGAUGCCAGAUUAGGCACAGAGACACUAUCUGUAGUGCCAACUUCAAGGGCUAGUGUACUCCAACGCGCAGGGAGAGCUGGACGUACUGGACCGGGACUUUCGUUUCAUCUGUACACACGAUACGCGUUCUACAACGAAUUGCCGGCUCAGACGGAACCAGAGAUACUCCGAAGUUCCCUCGACAGCCUCAUACUCAUCUUGAAGUCAAUGGGAAUCAACGACAUCCUCAACUUCGAUCUGCCGUCAAAACCUUCCAGCGAGGCCUUGAUCCAAUCUUUAGAGAACCUCUAUUCCCUCCAACUUCUGACCAGUGAAGGACAGGUCUCGAAGCUCGGUCGAAGGGCUAGCGAACUGCCAUUGGAUCCAAAGCUAGCGAAAGCUCUGCUAGCUGCUGACAGUUUUGGCUGCGUUGAUGAGAUGGUCACUUUAACUAGUCUCGUAUCGGAAGCGGGCCAGAUUUUCUUCAGCCCAAAAGACAAGAAAGCUGCAGCAGACCUUGCACGCCAGAGAUUCGCGUCAGAGCAUGGGGACAUGAUUUCACUCCUGAACCUUUGGAACGAGUUUGAGGAGACAGGCUUUAGUAAAAGUUGGUGUCAAGACAAUUUCGUCCAGUAUCGGUCGCUCAGUCGCGUGAUCGAUGUUCGAGAACAGCUGUUCAGACUUUGUGACAAGGUUGAGAUAGAAAGGAGUAGCUGUGGAAUAGCCGAUCACAUCAAGAUCAUGAAGUGUUGGACAUCGGCAUACUUCGCCAAUACAGCCCGGCUGAACAAAGAUGGCAUGAGCUAUCGCUGCCUUUCCUCACGCAAUCAAGUCUGGAUCCAUCCAUCUUCCUGUCUGAGAGACAAGCGGCCGCGCUUGGUAUGCUACUUCGAGCAGGUGGAGACUUCAAAGUCGUGGAUGCGUACUGUCGCUCCAAUCGAAGCACCAUGGCUCAAUGAACUAGCUCCUCACUUCUUCAAGAAGGGACAGCUUGACGAUCUCGACGUCGGCAAGAAGAUGGGCAAGGGUGUUGGGAAGGUGGGUGUUGAUCGCUGA